AAACUUAUAAUAUAUGUGACAUGAACUAUAUGUUUUCAGUACUGACAGUGAAUAUCGGAACGCAGCCGCAGAGUGCCGUUUCUGACAUCAUUGCGUGUAGCUAAGUGCGGAAAGUGCAAGUAAAAUGAAUAAACAUCGAAUUAAAAUUGGCGCAUGCGCGAAAGACUCGAAACCGAAUGACGUUGCAACACUGUUUCGUCAUCUAAUCCUAAUAUUUUAUUUGUUAUACGAGAAAUUUUUUUUUGAAAACUCGUUGAUUGGUUAACAAAAUAGAGAAUUUCUGGAGACUCGAAAACUUCACUACUCUAUAGCCAAUCAACACGUUUAAUAAAAAAUUAGUCAUACAAUAUCAUGAAAUGUUAGCCUAACGGUACUUUUCACGGGUCUAGAUCCUUCCUAUUAUCCAAAUCGCACCGUCCCUUCCUUUCAUAUAACAUGUAGUAUGUAUACGUCACUUUCUUUAGCGUAUCCCCCCUUCCAUCUGUGAGCCACGAAUGAUUCGAGAAGAAAAGAAGUUCGUUUUUAGCAUCAUCGGUCCUUUCCUUUUCGUUCCAAAUGAUUCUGCACUCAACUGUUUCGGAUUGCCAUUCAUCGUCCAUCAUCCUUACUCGGGCCUCGUCGAAUUAUUAGUUCAGAUUUAAAUGAGUAGAUUGCAUCGCGCGUGCUUGUGGAAUGCCCUGUGAAAUAUACAGAAACGUUUCCGUCUUUAUUUUUACUUGAUACUUAAUAAGAAACUUCCGAGAGAAACGAGUAGCGUUAUAUAUCGCGAAGUGUCUGGGAACAUCGCUUUUCCUUAGUGUCACGAGCACAAAGGCUGUGAGAAAAUUAUGGCUGCGAAAGAAAUAUCACAAGACACGCGAGGGCUUAUACGCAACAUGACAUACGAUAUGCAGGACAGGCUAAAUUGCCUGAAGGAAAGUGCAGCCGUUGUGAAUAAGGAGAAUUAUAUUCGAUCGAUAGUCGACCAGGCACUGGAAUUGCUCGAUCCUACUCCUAAUAUCCAUACAUUGUUUGUACAAUUCAAUAUACGAUUCUUUAGGAAUGUUUUAUCCUCUGUCGAAGUCAAAUGGAGUAACAGAAUGAAAAGCUGUGCUGGUAUUUGUACUUUCCAUUCGCGUAAUAGAGAUUGUGUAAUAUCACUCAGUGCACCACUUCUUAAACUCAGACCAAGGAAGGAUCUUGUAGAAACUUUAUUGCAUGAAAUGAUCCAUGCAUAUUUAUUUUUAACAAAUAACGAUCGUGAUCGAGAUGGUCAUGGGCCAAAUUUCUGCAAACAUAUGCACAGGAUAAAUAAAGAAGCAGGAACCAAUAUAACGAUUUAUCACAACUUUCAUGAUGAAGUGAAGCUGUACAGACAGCAUUGGUGGAAAUGUAACGGACCUUGUCAACACAGACCACCAUUUUUUGGGACGGUUCGGCGAAGUAUGAAUCGUCCACCUGGUCCGUCAGAUUUUUGGUGGCAUGAACAUCAGCAGAAUUGCAAUGGCCAGUUCAUAAAGAUAAAAGAACCAGAAAAUUUUAAAUCGCAUACAAGACAAAAUGAUAAAUCAAAACCAAUGUUAAAAGACAGUAAAUCGAAUGGAAGUUUAACCAAUUGGUUAAAAAAGAAUACUCCAACGAUGGACGUAGUUUUACCUACAUCUUCAAGAAUCCUUAGUAAUAAUGAUUUUAAAAUAUUUACUCCAAUAGAUAAUGAUAAGCCUAGUACUAGUAAAGACAAUGGUGGUACAAAUUCCUCUCGCGCUGUGAAUGAGAAAGAUACUCAAAAUAUAUCAUCAACAGGAAUGAAAAAACUCGGAAGCUCUAGUAAUAAUAUACAUGGUUGGGGUACUAGUGGUCCGAGUGGUGAAAACAUAAAAAAAGAUAAUACAAUGAACAUUUCUAAAAAUCCCACGUUUUCCUGUUUUGGUGUUUUGGGAGGUAGUAAUAGUGGUCGGAGUAAUCUCCUGACCAAAUUCAAACAUAUAAAUAAUGAUGAUGAGAAUCACCGUUGUGAAUCAAUUAAAAGAAAUUCAUCAUCGGAAUCGUCACGGGCAUCAUCGUCGGCAUCAUCAUCUGCCAUUAAUAAUCCAGUGUUAAAUCUAAGUCAACCAAGAAAUAAUUCCGUACCUUGUCCUAUAUGUAAUGUACCUAUGACCUUAGAAAAUAUAUAUAGACACAUAGAUUCAUGCCUAAUAAACGAUAAUACAUCAUUAAUCGAUGAGAUUAACAAUAAUAUCAAUAAUAAUAAUAACAAUGAGGAAUUAAUGUUACCUAUUCGAACAUUUUCCACAUCGGUCGCGGAACAAAACGAAAACGUUAAUGAAAACAUGAUUCCUAAUAAGCGUUUAAGAUUAGAUAAUUCGAAUGAAACAGUUGAACAUGUUACUUGUCCUGUUUGUGAUAGAAGACUGCCAUCCACGGAUAUUAAUCAACAUCUUGAUGAAUGUCUAUUAGAAGCAGACACAGUUCGAAAAGCUGCCAUUCCUUCCACCUCUCGUGCAUCAUAUGAUGACAGUAUAAUCAAUAUAAAUAGUUCCUCUAGUUCCGAUUUGGAUGAUUCUGUAUUGAUCGAGGAUCCAAAAGCACAAUCUUGUGUAAGUACGAGCGCUGGUAAAACCGACACAAUAGCUCUCGAACAGAAAUGUUUAGUUUGCAAUGCACAAAUAGCACCUGAAAUAUCAUUAAAUGAACAUCUUGAAGAAUGUAUUGGAGGCCUCUUCAAUGAUGAUACAAUGAUAAUAGAUGAUAAUGAGGAUGAUAAUGACGAUAAGGUGGAAAAUAAUAUCAUGGAGAACAAAUAUCCCUGUCCAGUAUGCAUGCAAAUAAUAUCGGAAAAUCUUAUGAACCAGCAUUUAGAUAUGUGCCUUAAAAAUGAAUAAGUGGUCUUGCGAAUAAAAAGAGCAACAAUGAACUAUUUUGCGGAUGAGAUGUUUUUUUUUUAUGUAAAUAAGUAUGUUAGUAAAUAUCUUUUCAUAUAUAAUAUUCGUUUUUUGCAUAUCGCGAUUUUAUAACGAGACAAAAUUAAUAUAAUUAUUACAAAAAUUAAUGUAAUACAAGAGAAAAAAAUUAUAUGCAAUUUUAAACAGUAUUUAUAUAUAUAUUAUUUUUCAUGUCUAUUAAAUUCGUUUAUUAUGUUCAUUUGCCAUUGUCAUUAAAUAGGAAUUUGAAGUAUUACACAUUACGAUAAAACCUGUGUUACAAGAGAAGACACAGUUUAUACGCCGAAUGUAAUUUAUUAAAAAUUGUUUAUAUAAUCUGCAUGUAACUCGUAAUGUGCAUAUAAUUUAAUAAGUUCUUUUACAGUUAAGACUGGUUAAUAAAUAAGCUAGAUUAUUUGUUUAGAAGUCGUUAUAUGAAAUUCUUAGCUUUAUUUUGUAAUAAAUAGUAAAUACAC